CAACCUUAUUUACAUAUUUCAUCUCUCCCUCUUUAUUACUCCUCAUUUCUUUAUUUCUUGUAGGGUCUUCUCCUUUCUCUCUUUCUUUUUUCUUUCCUCAAAAGCAUAUUCAAAGAAAAGAGUUAUUUGUUCUCUCUGAGGAAAGUAAAAGGAGAAUGGAAGAACCUGAAAGACUUGCACCAUGCAACAAUAGUAAUGGAAUAAGGAGAAGCUGUGACCCGACCCAUUCACCCGAAUUCGAGUUCUGGAUGACCCGAAACCCAUCAUUUCCUCAACCCAAUCAACUCUCUGCUGAUCAGCUCUUCUCCCAUGGCGUCCUUCUCCCUCUAGACCACCUACAAUGCCCGGGUCCUGAACCUUCCGGGUCGGGUCGACCCGAAACUGAAUCUGGACCCGACCCAUCUGCUUCAAUAGUCAACUCAUCUGGUGAACGUGGUUCUUUUACAUCAUCGAAGCGUUGGAAAGAUAUUUUCAAGAAAACAGAAAAGAAAGAUUGUAAUGAAGAGAAGAAAAAGGAAAAAGAAAAGAGGAAAGAGAAGAAACAUGUUGGUGGGGUUAGUGGAACUGAGCUGAAUAUUAAUAUUUGGCCAUUUUCAAGAAGUAGAUCCGCUGGAAACGGGGCAAGUAGGCCUCGGGUUAUAAGUGGAUCCGGGUUAUCGACCCGAAAAGUGAGUAGUGCUCCAUGUUCACGUAGCAACUCAGCUGGUGAGUCAAAAUCAAGAAAAUGGCCAAGUAGUCCUAGCCGUAGUGGUGGUGUUCAUUUGGGCCGGAGCAGCCCAGUUUGGCAGGUCCGAACCCGAAAUGUUGGAGGCCCACAUAAAAGUAUUGAAGGUCGCAGGAAAGUGACGUCAGCACCUAAAGCUAGAGUAUUGAAUUUGAAUGUCCCUAUGUGUAUUGGUUAUAGGGAUCAGUUAAGUUGUAGAAGUGAUGAAAAUAGUGCUAUUAAUGUAGUUGCUGGUGGCGGCGGAGAUGGUGGUGAUCAGAGUGGUAGCACGGUGGCCGGUGAAGGGGUACGUGGGAGUAAUUUGUUUAGUAUUAAAAGUUUGUUUACCAAGAAAGUUUAUUAAUUUAAUAGACGAGUAAAGUCGAAGUAAUUACACACUUUUUUGAAUAUAGUGGUGUCUGUUGUUAUCCUUCUCUAUAAUUCUCAUAUGUAACUUUUUUGGUAAUGUAAAGUCCUAACUUUUGACGUUUGCAACUCUGCAUUUGUGUAAUAUUUGGGCGUCAGAUUGCUCAACUUACUAUUACUGUUAUUGGUCAUA